CCGCCCGCUUCGCCCUGGAGAUGCACAACCGCGGCCGGCCUGCGGGGACGCGGGCCGUGCUGGGGGCCGUGCGCGGUCGAGUCCGCCGGGCGGGCAAGGGGUCGCUGUACUCCCUGGAGGCGGCCCUGGAGGAGCCACACUGCAACGACCCCACGGUGUGCCAGCUUCCAGUGUCCAAGAAAACCCUGCUCUGCAGCUUCGAAAUCCUGGAUGAGCUGGGAAAACACAUGAUGCUAAGGAGAGAUUGUGACACGGUGGAUACCAAGGUUCCAGGUGACAGAAACGAGACUUUGAAUUCAGUCCUUCCUCUGUUGACCGAGGAUCCCCUGCCCCAGGACUUUUCUUUGAAGAUGGCUUCGUUGUUUAAGAACUUUAUCUCCACCUAUAACCGGACAUAUGAGUCAAAGGAAGAAGCCCAGUGGCGCCUUUCCGUCUUUAUCAAUAAUAUGGCGCGAGCGCAGAAGAUCCAGGCUCUGGACCGUGGCACAGCUCAGUAUGGAGUCACCAAGUUCAGUGAUCUCACAGAGGAGGAGUUCCGUACCAUCUAUCUGAAUCCUCUGCUAAAAGAAGAGCCUGGUAGGAAGAUGGUCCGAGCCGAAUCUGUGGAGGACCCUGCCCCGCCUGAAUGGGACUGGAGGAGAAAGGGAGCCGUCACUAAAGUCAAGAACCAGGGCAUGUGCGGCUCCUGUUGGGCCUUUUCGGUCACAGGCAACGUGGAGGGCCAGUGGUUCCUGAACCGGGGCACCCUGCUCUCCCUCUCUGAGCAGGAGCUCUUGGACUGUGACAAGAUGGACAAGGCUUGCCUGGGUGGCUUGCCCUCCAACGCCUACUCAGCCAUAAAGAAUUUGGGAGGGCUGGAGACAGAGGAUGACUACAGCUACCAGGGCCACAUGCAGGCCUGCAACUUCUCAGCAGCGAAGGCCAAGGUCUACAUCAACGACUCGGUGGAGCUGACCCAGAACGAGCAGAAGCUGGCGGCCUGGCUGGCCGAGAAAGGCCCGAUCUCCGUCGCCAUCAAUGCCUUUGGCAUGCAGUUCUACCGCCAUGGGAUCUCCCGCCCGCUCCGGCCCCUCUGCAGCCCUUGGCUCAUCGACCACGCUGUGCUGCUCGUGGGCUUUGGCAACCGCUCUGAAAUUCCCUUCUGGGCCAUCAAGAACAGCUGGGGCACUGACUGGGGUGAGGAGGGUUACUACUACUUGCAUCGUGGGUCCGGGGCCUGUGGUGUGAACACGAUGGCCAGCUCAGCGGUGGUGGACUGAGGAGCCUGCUGGCUCCAGGACCCGGUGCUGACCAAAGCAGCCCCUUCCCAGCCUGGCCUGUGUGCCCAGGCCCCUCCCCCAGGAGGUACAGCCGGCCGAGGGAUGGGCACUGGGUCGGGAGCACAGCCCCUGCUUCCCUCCACCCCUCACCCACCCUGGAGUUCUGCACCUGCACUUUGGUGGGAUUGUGGUAGCUAGGAGGAUCUUGGGGUGAAGGAUGCCAUCUUGGCAGCCAAAGUGGGGGCUUGGGCAGCCAUCAGGAAGAAAAUAUUCUGAUCUUAAGCCCAGAGCUCAGUCCUCAGUAGGCUCUGGCUUCCUGCCCCAAUUUCCUCUGUUGGAUGCUAGAAAUUUUCUGGUCCCCCUGGAUUUGGGGACGGUGUCCCCCUCCACAUCCAGGAAACUUGUAACCACCCCUUUCUAACAGCAAUAAAGAGGUGUCCUGGUCCCCA